AUGGAUGAAUAUUUAAGAAAACUCAAAUGGACAGUACCAAAUGAAAUGUUAGUAUUGAAAAACAUGUUCCAUGACAAAAUAAAACCAACUACAGAAAUAAAUGACGCAAGACUGAAACAUUGGGUAAAAGCUUUCCCAUUCACAAAAGAUAUUAUUGGUUACAUGGAAAGAAAACCAGAAUGGCUACAAAAACAUAUAUUUGGAGACGAGCUUAUUCCAUAUGGACAAGCUCUGUUUGAAGAGCUUGAACCGGAAACUCAGGAAAGAGUCAUGCAAACAAUACGCGAAGACUCAAAUACAAACUAUGACAAAAUCUUUCUAGGAUAUAGGUUACCUGAGAUGGGCGACCAGAGCCCAAAGGCAAAAAGGACACGUGAAAUUUACAACAUACUAGGUGAACAUGAGGCAAAGAUGCAACAACUUGAA